AUGGCUCCCAAGAAGGCUACCAAGGCUGCGCCGAAGGCGAAGAAGGUCAUCUCCAAGUCCCCGAAGAAGGCCGCCAAGAAGGCGAAGGUUGACAAGAAGGACAAGCCGAAGCGCGCCCCGGGCCCCUACAUGCUCUUCUGCAAGGAGAUGCGCCCCAAGAUCGUCGCCGCGAACCCGAAGUUCACCUUCGGCGAGGUCGGCAAGAAGCUCGGCGAGGAGUGGAAGAAGCUCUCCGACGCGAAGAAGGCGUCUUACAAGAAGUAAGCGUUCUGCAUGACAUCGCGCGCGGGUGAUCGUUCGUCGAUCGCGACAGACGAUUAAUCGAAUUGGGCAAUUCAUAUAAAAGGAGUUGGGAGGACAGGACACACCGCGCAGCCGGGGGGGAGCGAUGACGUCUAAGACGUCAACACGAACGCUAGAAACGCGCGAUAUGUAAUGUAAUUCCUUUCAACCGAC